CGGGGGUUCCUCGGGGCACGGCCGCUGCGGGACGCGCUCCUCUCCGGGCAGGAUCCCGGGAUGCGCCUGGCCGGGGCCAUGCGCCUCGUGCGGUUCCGGGGACCGGGGGGGGCCGAGCCCCGCCUGGGGCUGGAGGUGGCGCCCGGCGGGGAGGCGCUGGUGGAUCUGAGCGCGGCGGAGCCGGCGCUGCCCCGCUCCAUGCGGGAGUUCCUCAGCACCGGCGGCACCGGGCUGGCCGCGGCACAGAGGGCGCUGGAGUCGGGGGGUCACCGGGUGCCGCGCAGCGCUGUCCAGCUCCUGGCACCCGUGGGUGACCCCGAGAAGGUGAUCUGCGUGGGGCUCAACUACCGCGACCACUGCCUGGAGCAGGACGUGAAGGUCCCCAAGGAGCCCAUCAUCUUCAGCAAGUUCCCCAGCGCCAUCAUCGGGCCCUUCGAUGACAUCGUGCACCCCGAGGACAGCACCGAGGUGGACUGGGAGGUGGAGCUGGCCGCUGUCAUGGGGAAGAAGGGGCGGCACAUCCAGGAGGCGUCAGCGAUGGAGCACGUCGUGGGCUUCACGGUGGCCAACGAUGUCAGUGCCCGGGACUGGCAGAUGAAGAGGAACGGGCGGCAGUGGCUGCUGGGGAAAACCUUCGACACCUUCUGUCCCCUGGGGCCAGCCCUUGUCACCAAGGAGGCCGUGACAGACGUCCACAACCUGCGCAUCAGCUGCAGCGUGAACGGGCGGGUGAUGCAGGACAGCAGCACCAAGCAGCUCAUCUUCCGCCUGCCCAAGCUCAUCGCAUGGGUGUCCCGGUUCGUCACGCUGGUCCCUGGGGACAUCCUGCUCACGGGAACCCCCCCGGGGGUGGGCGUCUUUCGGAAGCCCCCCGUGUUUCUGAAGAGAGGAGAUGAGGUGCGGUGCGAGAUCGAGGAGCUGGGGGUCAUCUGCAACAAGGUGGUGUGAAGAUGGAGACGGGACCUCGUGCCCCGGUCCGGCUGCUUCCCCCCCUCCUGCCCACCCCACAGCACCCUUGUGGGGCUCAAUAAAGCAGGAGCCGGGGCAGGAUGCUCUAGGGCUGGAUGAACUGCUGGA